AUGGACACUCUUAUCUCUCGCUUCAACCCCAACCCUCCGUUGUCCUCCAAAAACCCAUCUUGGGCUCGAAUUCCUAACGAGCCCAUUACCCAGUCAGCCGCUUACAUGUCAACUGAAGCCAUUGAAGAGAGACUGGCUGGCGUACCUGUGUAUGCUUUAAGUAAUUCCAAUGAAGAAUUCGUGUUGGUUUCUGGUCUUUCAACAGGGAAGUCUCUUGGGUUAUUUUGUUUUAAACAGGAGGAUGCUGAGGCACUUCUUGAUCAAAUGAAGAGCAUGGACCCUGGAAUGAGAAAGGGGGCUCGAAAGUUGAUACCGGAACCUUCCCAAGUCAAGAAUGCACUUAUGGAGAGGGAACGAGCUGGCUUACUUGAUAAUGGCUUCUCUGGGGUUCCAGUUUUCCAGGAGGAUUUAGAAAAAUCACUAUCGCGAGCUUCCCGUGAGCAGCAUAAAUUAAAUCCUGCCUUCAGGCAGGGGGAUAUUGAGGUUGCUGUUUUCGAAGAGAUAAUUAAGUCUAUGAAGGAGGGUUCUACUACAACCUGGGAUGAUGUUGUCUUUAUCCCUCCUGGUCUUGAUGUUUCAGCUACUCCACCCCAGCAAUAG